AUGGUGGCCCCGCAAAUGAAGAGCGAGGCCAGAAGCGAAGCCAAAGUGCUUCUCAAGAGCGUCAGCAGGCGUUACAUGGCUUGCAGCUCGAAUGUCGACUACAAGGACCGCUGGACCGAGCGUGUCCUAUACGCAGACAGCAUGCGUUGGAACUGGCUGGCAGCGUGCACCGGUUGCCGACAAGUCAACAGCUGCUUUUGGAAGUUCAUGAGCUGCGCCUUCCUCCUCUGCAAUGUGGCUUUCUUGGUGGCCAUGUCUUUCCUCCACGACGCGACCUCCUGGCAAUCAGGGGAGACGGAUUAUGCGCACGCUGCGCUCUACUUGGGAGUGGAGGCUGUGUUUCUUUUCUUUUUCAUCACGGAGCUGCGGAUGCGAUACCGCGCCACCCUUCGAACCGUGCCCAAAGUGUGGUUCACCGAAGGUGAUACCUGCAGGCAAGUUCUCGAGGACAUCCCGAAGCACUGCUCCAUUUUCACCGAGUCUGGCUGGAACAUCUACGAUGCGUUAACCAUCUUCAUCGGCUUCAUCGACAGCGUGGUGCUGAACUUCGUGUGGCAGCCUGGGCACAGGUUCCUGCUGCUUCUCCUCCCGGUGCUGCAAGUUCUUCGCUUUGGGCGCUUUUUCCCAGAGCUCGGGACGACGAUGCGAGGCAUCUCGGGCGCGAUGUUGCAAGGGCGCAUGUACUGGGCUUUUAUGCUUUUGGCCCUGAUGAUCUACGCCUUCGGAGUGUUGAGUGUCAACUUCUUCAACCUGGCCUUUCCGACGGAUCCCGUGCGGGAGCAGAUGUUCGAUGCCGUGCCGUCUGCUAUGUUUACGUUGUUUCACUUUGCCACGCUGGAGGACUACACCAGCACUAUCCGCCACUUCAUCUCUGUUGGCACCACGGAAGCGUACCUGGUUGCCUGUAGCAUUCUGGGCUUCAUCGUCGUUGCGCAUUUCGCACUGCUCAACAUCCUCACGGCCAUCCUGGUCGACAGCAUCUUGGACAUCUUGCCGAAGAAGAGCGCUGCGCGUCUCGCGAGCGAGAAGAAGCAGCUGGUGGAGAGGCUUUUCAAGGUGUGCAGCGACGUCGAUAAUGAUGAGGAUGGAUUGUUGACCUGGGACGAGUUCCGUGCCGCUAAGGACACGUCCUGGAAGGAAGAGCUGAAAAAGCUACAAAUCUCGCAGAUGGACGUUGAGAAGCUGUUUGGCAUCAUCGAUGUCUCCGACUGUGGUAAGGUAGCUUCAGCGCGCUUCGUCCACGGCCUGAUGCGAAUGUUGCCAGGGCCACCCGAGCGGCGAGAGCUCCUGGAGAUGGAGUACGACAUGCACAGGAUGUGGAACAUGCUCGCGUCCGGCCAGGACCAGAUGCAGGAGAGCUUGUCCCACAUCUUCGAGGAGCUCAGCACCCUCCGCGAGGAACUCGGCAACAAGCUCCGGUCAGACUUGAAGCAGAGCCAAGCAGAGCUGCUGACAGACGUGAGGCAGAUGGCAAAGACCUGCACAGCGCCGCAGAUACGGUCCUGUCGAAGGAGGCCUACGGGAGGCAAGAACCUUCAGAGCCUUGUGAAGGCAGGGAAAUGGGUGAAGACAGCUGCCAAGACGGCCGCCAAGCAGCUCGCCGAGCUGCCAAAGCAGGUUGAGAGGCAGCUGGCUUCGAGCCCGCCGGCUUUCACUGACCAGCUGCAACAGCUGCAGGUCAGCAUGGACUCGAUGGAGGCUCAGUUUCAGAGCCUCCGGGCUGCUCCGCGCCCAGCGGAGCUGGGUCUCAGCCGAGCCGCAGAACAGGAAGUACGCCAUGCACUGCGGGAGGAGUGCUCUUCACCGCCCGUCCCGAAUGUGCCAGAUGUCCCACAGGAGGUGGGAGCCGCCCAGAUACCUGCUGCUGGAAGUCACCCAAAGUCUGAAGCGUUUUCGGUCGGCCCAGUUUCGGCCAGCAGCUCCCUCAGGGAUGCCCUGCGAGACACUCUCCGCGAGCUGGCUGGUGGCAGUGAGCAACGCCAGGAGGACUUCCAAGCUAUGCGGCCGCUUCCGCCACCAGCACCUUCGAGCCCCACCUACAGCCGGCACACGCAGACCGAAGUCCCACGUGGUCCAGCUGUUCGUCGCGAAGCAUCGCCACCGUUGCGGACUUCAGCACAGUGGGUGGAGGCGCAGGAAUGGCCACUUAGUGAGCCGGAGCGAACGUCCUGGGGAGAGCGGCGGCUGCCGGUCGAGCUCGUGGGGCCCCCGAGUGCCUCCUCCGACCGACGAGCGCGGGUGGCCUACAUCCUGUCCUGGAUCCGCUUUCAGCGUUGGGCAUCUUUGCCUUUCGACCGGCUGAUCCUCAAGCUGGAAGGCAUCGGCAUCCAACUGGGGACAGAUGAGCAGGACAUGCUGAGACAUCUUCUGGCGUUUCCGGGAGACAUUCCGCGUGUCCUGCCGACGUGA